AUGGAGUUGGGUUCAGCGAUUUGGUUCUGCAUUGUAUUUUCCCUUGUUCUUCAGUCAUCUCUUGCAAAGAAAACUUACAUUGUACAAAUGAAACACCACCAAAAGCCCAGUUCCUAUGCCAAACACAGUGAAUGGUACGCUGAUAGCCUCCAAUCCUUCACUUCCGCUACCUGGGAUUCAGUACUCUACACCUACGACACCGCGUACCAUGGUUUUGCGGUGGCGCUGGACGCGGACGAGGCAGAUUCACUCCGAAAAUCUGAUGCUGUUAAUGCAAUUUACGAGGAUAUGGUUUAUACCCUACACACGACUCGAACUCCAGAGUUUUUAGGCCUGGACGAUGAACGGGGGACGUGGGCAGGCCACACCCUACAGGAACUGAAUCAGGUUGCACAAGAUGUCAUAAUUGGUGUGUUGGAUACCGGCGUUUGGCCCGAAUCCAAGUCGUUUGAUGAUGCUAACAUGCCUUCUGUGCCAUCCAGAUGGAAGGGAAAGUGCGUGGCGGCUGAUGACUUUGAUUCGAAGAUCCACUGUAAUAAGAAGUUGAUAGGUGCUCGAUUCUUUUCCAGAGGACACAACAUGGCAUCUGAGGGAGCAGAAGCCCAAACUCCCCGGGACGAGGUUGGUCAUGGAACCCACACGGCAAGUACGGCAGCUGGAUCUCUGGUAGCAAAUGCCAGCCUCCUUGGCUAUGCAAGUGGAACCGCUCGAGGAAUGGCUCCCCACGCCCGGGUGGCCAUUUAUAAAGUAUGCUGGAAAACGGGUUGUUUCGGGUCUGAUAUACUGGCUGGAAUGGAGCAAGCAAUUCUUGACGGAGUAGAUGUCUUGUCUCUCUCACUAGGGGGAAUAUCUCUACCUUAUUAUCUCGAUACCAUUGCAAUUGGAGCAUUUACAGCAAUGGAGAAAGGGAUUUUUGUUUCGUGUUCUGCUGGAAACGAUGGUCCUGAUAAAGCUACAGUCGCAAAUGUGGCUCCAUGGAUCAUGACUGUUGGAGCCGGUACUCUGGAUCGGAACUUCCCGGCUUAUGCUACAUUAGGCAAUGGACAGAAAUUCACUGGUGUAUCGUUGUAUACUGGGAGAGGAAUGGGGGAGAAAAUGGUUGAAUUGGUUUACAGUAAAGAUAGCAACAGUUCUAGCAAUUUUUGUUUAGAAGGAUCGCUUGAUCCGGCCAUUGUGCGUGGGAAAGUGGUGGUAUGCGACAGAGGAGUCAUUGAAAGGGUCGAAAAGGGUGUGGUGGUGAGGGAUGCUGGUGGGAUUGGAAUGAUUGUAGCUAACACGGCCGCGAGCGUGGAAGAGCUGGUGGCGCACAGUUACAUAAUACCUGCGCUGGACGUUGGAAGGAAAGCGGGGGAUAUAAUAAGGGAAUACGUUAAGACGGUUAAGAAGCCUAUGGCCGUGAUCAGCUUUGGUGGGACGAUGUUAAAUGUGAAGCCAUCGCCGGUAGUGGCUGCAUUCAGCUCGAGGGGGCCGAACUUUGUGACUCCCCAGAUAUUGAAACCGGAUAUACUUGGACCGGGUGUCAAUAUCUUGGCUUCUUGGUCCGAGGAUGUUAGCCCGUCACAGCUCGAGCAGGACACCCGUAGGACUUCCUUUAAUAUAAUAUCCGGUACGUCCAUGUCUUGCCCACACAUUACCGGCUUGGCAGCUUUGCUGAAAGCAGCACAUCCGGAUUGGAGCCCGAGCGCUAUCAAGUCCGCGCUAAUGACUACGUCCUACACGCAUGACAACACAAAUUCUCCUUUACGCGAUGCUGCAGAUAAUUCGUAUUCCAAUCCGUGGGCUUAUGGAGCCGGCCAUGUCGACCCACAGAAGGCCUUGUCCCCAGGUCUAGUAUACGACAUCACCCCACAAGGGUACAUCCGCUUCCUUUGCUCUUUGGGCUAUGCCAUCAAGCAAAUACGAACCAUUGUUAAGCACCCGAACAUCACCUGCAGCAAGAGAUACUCUGAUCCGGGCCAGCUCAACUAUCCAUCAUUCUCGGUCCUUUUUUGGAAGUCUAAUGUUGUUCGGUACUCGCGGAAGUUGACAAAUGUUGGAGCUGCUGGAUCUAUCUACCAAGUGAAUGUCGAAGCUCCCCCUUCGGUGACGGUAACGGUGAAGCCAGCAAGGUUAGUUUUUAGAAACGUGGGCGAUAAGCAUCGAUAUAAGGUUACGUUCGUGUCAAAGAAGGGCUUAAAUCAAAGUGCUGCCUUUGGUUCCAUUUCCUGGAGCAAUGCCCAGCAUCAAGUGAAGAGUCCAGUUUCCUUCUCCUGGACAAGCGUGUUAUGAUUCUCGAUCCCGAAUUCUAUCCUUGGCCGACAAUUGUCAAG